CCGCCCGGGCAGGACGCUAGAGCAGGAAGAGAGGGAAAGGAAGAGAGAGAUCGAGGAAGGAAGGAAGGGAUAGAUAGAGGAAGGGAAGAAGGAAUAAAGGCAGGAAGGAAGGAAUAGGUAGAGGAAGAAAGGAAGAAAUAGAGGAAGGAAUAGAUAGAAGAAAGAAGGAAAGAAGGAAGGAAUAGAGAGAGGAAGAAAGGAGGAAAUAGAGGAAAUAAUAGAUAGAGGAAGAAAGGAAUAAAUAGAGGAAGGAAUAGACAGAGGAAGGAAAGAAGGAAAGGAAGGAAUAGAGGGAGGGAGAAAGGAGGAGGGAGAAAGGAGAGGAAAGAAGGAAGGGGGGAAAGGAAGGAAGGACUAGAGGAAGGAAGGAAAGAAGAAAGGAAAGAAAGGGGGAGGGAGGAAAAGAAAAGACAGCCUCCCCUUUUUGGGGGGGAGGUCUAGCUUUGCUUGGUCUCAACACACCUCUUCCUAUAAGAAGUUGAGAUGGCCGGAGAAGAUCUUGAGAGAGGAUAACUGCCUUCCGACCUCGCCAGGACAGUAGGAAGGAGCGAAAGGAGGGAGACAGGAAGGGCCAGGAAGGCAGCGGGAGCCCUUCUUGCCCCUCCAGCUACCUGUUGUCGAGGCGCCUGGGGAGGCGGUGGGCUGCUUUUCCCGUAGACCCUCCUCCCCGCCCCCUCCUCCUCCUCCUCCUCCGGAGAAGUCUUCUUCCUCCCCCUUCCUGCUCCUCUCCGGCGCUGGGAUGACCCUGUCCGGCAGCCUGAGCGCCAGCGACAUGUCCGGCCAGACGGUGCUGACGGCGGAGGAUGUGGACAUCGACGUGGUGGGCGACGAGGGCGACGAGGCGGGUACAGAGGAGGAGGCCCGGGACGGGGCGGGCGGCCUCCUGGAAGGGCCCCUGCCCAUGCCCCUGCCCUCGCAGCCGCCCUGCCUGGAGGAGGAGGCGCCCGAGGCGAAGCAGCCCGCGGGUGAGGAGGGAGAGAAGGGCGCCGCCGGAGAGGAUGGGGCCGGCUCGGCUUCCUCCUCGUCCUCCUCCUCCUCCUCUUCGUCCUCGUCCUCGGCGGCGUCGAAGCCCAAGAGCAGCCUGGUGAAGCCGCCGUACUCCUACAUCGCGCUGAUCACCAUGGCCAUCCUGCAGAGCCCGCAGAAGAAGCUGACGCUGAGCGGGAUCUGCGAGUUCAUCAGCGGGCGCUUCCCUUACUACCGGGAGAAGUUCCCGGCCUGGCAGAACUCCAUCCGGCACAACCUCUCGCUCAACGACUGCUUCGUGAAGAUCCCGCGCGAGCCGGGCAACCCGGGCAAGGGCAACUACUGGACCCUGGACCCGCAGUCCGAGGACAUGUUCGACAACGGCUCCUUCCUCCGCCGGAGGAAGCGCUUCAAGCGGCACCAGCAGGAGCAGCUUCGCGAGCAGACGGCGCUCAUGAUGCACAGCUUCGGCGCCUACAGCCUGGCCGCCGCCGCCGCCGCCGUGGCCGGAGGAGGCGGCUCCCCUUACGGGCGGGCCUACGGCGCCUACGCGCACCCGGCCGCCGUGCCUUACCCGUACAUCCCGCCCGUGGGGCCCAUGCUGCCACCCGCCGUGCCCCUCCUGCCCGCCUCCGGCGCCGAGCUCAGCCGCAAGGCCUUCAACGCCCAGCUCGGCCUCCAGCUCAGCGGCCUCGGAUCGGGGCCCAUCAAGGCCGAGCCCUCCGCCUCCAGCCGGCCCUCCUUCAGCAUCGAGAACAUCAUCGGGGGCGUCGGCGCCGCCGCAGCCGCCGCCGCAGCCGCCGCCAGCUCUUCCUCCACGCCCGCUUCCUCCUCCUCCUCCAUCAGCCAGACUUUCCUGCGGCCGCCGGUGAGCGUCCAGUCCAGCUUGCUCGCCCACCAGCCGCUCUCGCUGUCCCGCAGCACGGCGGCGAUCGGGCCCCUGCUCUCCGUGCCCACGAACCUGCUCUCGGGACAGUUCCUGCCGCCCUCCGCCGCCAAGUGGCCCGCCCAGUAGGCCCAGUGAGACUUCUCCCUGCCUCCCUCCCUCCUUCCUUCCCCGUUGACUCUUUGCCUGAAAGACCUUCUCCUCCACGAGAGGGGCGCCUUUGUUCUUUUCUGGGACUCCAAACAAUGUUGAGGGCUUUCAAAGGGUUGCUGCGAGUUUUCCGGCCUGCAUGGCCAUGUCCCAGAAGCAUUCUCGCCUGACGUUUCGCCUGCAUCUGUGGCAGGCAUCCUCGGAGGUUGUGAGGUGUUGGAAUGCCUCAUCACACUUGAGCAUGAAUCCACUUUAAAUCCAGUUUCUGCCUCCUGUAGUUUGGUGAGGCCCAAGACCUGUCUGGCUGACCUGUGUAAAGCCCCCUCUCUCAAUUGGAUUUAAAGUGGAUUUAAAGUGAAUCCAAGCAGGGCCAUAGUCAGAAAAAUUUUUCGGGGGGGACACUUUUUUUUUAGCGAAUCAUGAAGAGUAGUUCCUUAAGUCAAAAUAAUUUAGAAAUCAGGCUCCAUCGAUAAACUUCAAGACAGAUAAACUUCAGUGGAAACUCAUGGGGAUUUGGUUAAUCAGUUUUAAUCAAUGAGUAAACCAGUUAAAAAAACCUGAUAAUUUUCGAGGGGGGGGGGAGAGAACCCCUACCCCUCUUGGCUACAGCCCUGAAUUCAAGCUCUAGUGUGAUGAGGUCCUAAGCAAGUUUUCUUUGUGUCAGGAGAUGACAGAGGGGAGCUCAUCCCGCUCCUUGGAUUCGAACCGCCAACCUUUUGGUCAACAGUCCUGCCGGCACAAGGGUUGGACCCAUUGAGCCACCGGGGCUUCUCCUAAACAAGUGAGGUUUAUAUAUCUAUGGAAUGUUCAAGGGGGAGGGAGAAAAACUCUUGUCUGUUGGAGGCAAGUGUGAAUGUUUCACCACAAACAUCAGAAGAGCUGCAAGGCCAAGAACCAGCCACGAGAAUAAAGACAAAGAUCCACCCAGAGGAAAAAUGUUCAAGGGAACCACUGACCACAUAGGGAAGCGGAUGAAGUAACACAACCUACAAACUAUCUGCAGACCCACUUAGACAACCCAACAAAUGCUACCUUCAGCAAAGGGAUCCUUUCACCUCUGCAGGAAUCUACUUUAUCCUAUGCAGCUGUGGACAAGCCUACAUAGUGACCACCAAAUGCAGCGCCCAAACACCAAUCCGGGAACAUGGAAGACACUGCAGACUAUCUCAGCCAGAGAAGUCAGCCAUAAUAGAGCACUUGAUGAAGCAACCUGGACACAGCAUGUUAUUUGAGAACACAGAAAUGUUGGACCACUCUAACAACCACCCUGUCAGACUACACAGAGAGGCCACUGAAAUCCACAAGCAUGUGGACAAUUUCAAUAGAAAGGAGGAAACCAUGAAAACGAACAAAAUCUGGCCACCAGUAUCAAAAACUCUAAAAUCAGGACAGUAAAUAAAGAACAACAUUCUGAAAACGGUUAUUCCAGACGUGAAGCAAUCAGGGCCAGCUAACACCUCCCAACAAAGGAUUCCCCCAGACAGGAAUCAGCCAGGUUUUGAAACUACACGUCUAUUCAAGCUGGCCAAUUGCAACAUUCACACUUGCCUCCAACAGACAAGAGUUAUUUCUCCCACCCUGGACCUUUCACAGAUAUAUAAACAUCCUUUGCUUAGUUUCCAACAGACCUCACAACCUCUGAGGAUGCCUGCCAUAGAUGUGGGCGAAACGUCAAGAGAGAGUGUUUCUGGAACAUGACCACAUAGCCCGGAAAACUCACAGCAACCCAAAUAAAUAUCCAUCAACGAACAACAGCCUCACUUUGGGACUUCAAAGAACUUCUCAGGCCCUGACCCCAGCUCUGCUGGUAGUUCCAUAAAGGACCCGGAUGCUUCGAGGCCCGGAUGGUGAGGACAACAAACCACAGGGAAAUACUCUCAACGCUGGACAUGUAAUGCAGCUUCAAACUGCUGUUGAAGAAAGUGUUUUCCGCUCUGCAGAUGGUCCGUAGGUUGGACAACAAACCACAGAGCAUUCAGUGAAGUGGGAGGCUGGAUGUACACUGCCAUAUAAUCCAGAUUAUCAAAGCAGAUAAUCCACAUUUAUCUGCUUCGAACUGAAUUAUAUAUGUGAGGAUGGCCCUCGUGAUCAGCGCCAUGUAGGAUUUUAUAUGGCAGUGUAGAUCCAGCGGGAGUUUUGUUGUCCGGCCGCCGGCGGUUUGGAGCUGGUUUGAAACUGCUUUAAAUGAUCAACGUAGACGACAUUUAUUCUCACAGACACACACAGAAUGUGUUUUCUCUCUAUGUGUGUCUCUGUUCAGGUCAAGCUAACAACAGAAAUAUACCCAUUUGGAUAAGGAAGGGGAAACGCUGGUUUUAUUUUGUAAAGACAUGUGGAGUAAAAUAAGGAAGGUCAAGAAAAGGAGGGGAAGUCCGCCUUUUACUGACCAUUUAAUGCAGUUUCAAGAAAGUGGUAUUUUUGCUGCGCAGAUAUUUUUCCGUGUCAGGGGCGACUUGAGAAAAUGCAAGUGGCUUGUGGUGUGAGAGAAUUGGCCGUCUGCAAGGACGUUGCCCAGGGAACGCCCGGGUGUUGGUGUUUUCCCAUCCUUGUGGGAGGCUUUUCUCCUGUCCCUGCUGUGCAGAUGAUUCCAUGGAAAUCCAGGUCUGAGAUUUGGAUGGCGACUGCAGGGCACUAACGCACGUUCAGUAAGGGCUGUCUUUCUUUCGCACGCCUCUUGAAGGAGUUGGUUGUCUGGCUGCCACAGUUUUAAGCUAGCCUCAAACCGCAUUAAAUAGUCAGUGCAAAUGGGGACGAGGGUCCCUGGUUGACUCUCACUGCAAAACAAACGCCAGAACUGCUCUCUGUACCUCCUAAUGCCGGCGACAUAAAGGUACCUAUUUGGAAGGGAAGAGAGGGAAAAGACGAACUUUCCUUUCUACGUUUUAUUUUUUUAAGGCAUUCGGAGAAUUCAAACAAAAAAGGAAGCAACAGAAAAGGGGGAAAAUAAAGCUCCAGGUUAUAGGGUUAUGGACCCAGGACUAAAUGGGGGGAAACAUACUCAAAGCCCUAGAAUGUACUAUGGUCAAGGUUUAGGACCACCGAGCCUUCACUUUUGUUGAAGGCUCUUAAUUUCCUCGGUAGUUUUGGUCCUGCUUCAUGUUUUUAUAAAAAAUAAACCAAACCAACCACAACUGAAAGGCUUACGAUAUGGGGCAAUUGGGGUUUUUUUAUUAUUAAAGAAAUGGGGAGAAGGGAGGAAAGAUCCCUGUGGUUCUAUUGCAGAAGUCUGUUUAUAUAUGAAUGACUUAUAUGUGUUCUCAAUGUUAUUCCUCCGUAUUGUACACAGCUUUGUAAAUAAAUUUUUAAAAUGGUG